AUGAGCUUCUGCCACGGGUGCGUGGAACUAUCGGACGACUACCCUCGUCGACGUCGCAACUCGCACGCACACAUACCAUUCGGACCUGGCAAGACCACAGAAAUCUGGGUCGUCGGGAAACUUAAAAAUCUCUCGAUUUGCGAAGCUCGACUUGCAUGCGACCUGCCACCCCUGCAGCAGAUGACCAUGCAGCGCAUUAGCAACGGCGGGGAUUUCCCUUUUUUUCUUUCUUUUUCUUAUCUCCUUUCUUACCUUUCCUUCUCGGAUGUCAAUAGCUACGGGGAGUUUACGGCGCACAACGGAACAACCACAUCGUAUUGCCUUCAUUUCAGAGAUCCCGCAUUAGGUUCAGACUGGCGGCCAAGGAGAGGAUUCGAGAACUGGCUAUCACGCCAUCAGGGUCGGGCAUCGCACCAGUCCCACUUUUUCUUGCCUUCUCACCAUCGGCAGCGGGGGUCCCUCCAUCAAUUGUAUCAUCGGCGGGGGGAGGGGCAGCCGGGUGUUUCUUUCUUUCGGUAG